GAUCCACUCUCUGGAUUCUCUCUUGACUUCUGCGCUCGCGUCGAUAGUUUAAGCCAAGCGUAGUUGCAGUUCCGAAGAAAGUGAUACCACACAGUGGGAUUAAGCGUAUGGAAAAUUGUGGCAGAUAGAACUAGAAGACACUUAAACGUAUUUGAAACCAAAAAUAUACUGCCAAGGCAGUUCUGAUGUUUUCCGAGGUGUGUUUGAAUGCGAGCGCGUGUAGAUAUUUAGUUUACGGUGGCAAUAAGGCAGCAGUCACACAUACGCGUCAACUAAUAAGUCGGCGCAGUCAAGCAACGCAGAGCAUUUUUAUUUAUAUUGUUGAUAGGUAGGUACGACAGCCACCAGCAGAGUAUCGUUUUGGGUCAGUAGGAACGACGACGUAUUGUCGUCUACACUCGGUAUCAUCGCUUAUAUACCUAGUGGCAGUCAGUCAAUGAGUGAGGUAUAGCUGCUGGAAUUUUUCAAAAGCACAUCAGAUUAUAGAGGGGCGUGUGCCUCGAGGAGACUAGGAAAAUGGCUUUCUUCUUCAAUUUCGUUGCCAUCUGUACGAUUGUCUACUUUCUGGUACGGCUCAUUCUCUGGUUGGUGCUGGAUUCGGACAUUGAACUCUUCGUACUGUCCAAAUUGGGCAAACCCAUAUCAUCUCUGAAGGGAAAAGUCGUUUGGAUCACUGGAGCAUCAAGCGGAAUCGGACGAGAUUUGGCAAUAGCGCUCGCAAAGAAUGGUGUUCGUCUGUGUUUAUCAGCUCGAAACAUUUCGGAGCUACUUAAGGUUAAGCAAGAUUGUAUAGCGCAAUCCAAUGGCUCUCUCGGGCCGAACGAUGUGUACGUGCUGCAGAUGGAUAUGUUGGAUAUAAAUCAUCACAAUGACUAUUUCAAUAUGGUAAUCGAUCAGUUCAAGACCCUGGACAUCCUGGUCAACAAUGCCGGACGAUCGCAACGUGCCGACUGGAACAAUAUCAGUGUCAAGGUGGACCGGGAGCUUUUCGAGCUGGACGUUUUUUCGGUAGUUCAUCUAUCGCGAAUCGCUCUUAACUUUUUCAUUCGCAACUCGAUGAAAGGUCACCUGGCUGUGACAAGCAGUACGGCCGGCUUGAUAGGGGCUCCCAACUCGGCGAGCUAUACGGGAGCUAAACAUGCACUGCAUGGAUAUUUUGAAACACUCCGGAAUGAGCCUUUCGAUGUGAACAUAACGAUCUUCUGUCCUGGGCCAACAUCUACCAAUUUCCUACAGGAAGCCUUCACCGACACACCAGGAGCGAAAUACAACCAAUCCGUACGCCCGGAAGACAAACGCAUGACUAGUGAACGGUGCGGCUAUCUGUACGCAAUUGCUCUGGCGAACAAAACUCACCUCAGUUGGGUCGGAACCUUCCCCAUCAAUCUGAUAUUGUACAUUGGAUGUUACUACCCAAACGUAAAGAAACUGUUGCUGAAAAUCGUUGGCAUGCGACGUCUGCGGCAAGUGCGAGACAGUCGAUAGAGAGGCGAACUUGUUCUGUGCAUACUUCGCGAUUUCCAUUAUAUCCAUCCAGAUCUGCCAGCACCAGUGCAUGUGUAAAGUAUUGUUAGUGCUAAUCAUCUCACCAGCAACACGGCCCAAUGAUGCAGAAGUACACCGCACAAGUGUAGAUUGAUAUAAAUUAUUAGCGUUAAUUAGCAAGCUUAAAAUAACGAUAGUCAAUUGCUGCGUUGCUUAAUUUAUUUUGUUUACAACUUUUUUAUGAAGCAUGCCAUAGAAAGCAUUUUUGUUCAAAAGUAGGAUGUCAGUUAUUUCGUUUCCGAGGAUAUUUUUUUUUUUGUUUACCGAUAAAUCAAUGAAAUCAUCAAAACUUGUAAACUACACACUUAUCCAGUCAGUAAUUUUUACUGAGUUUUUGAAUUGCGGAACUUUUCGGUAAAAUUUAAAAAAUCUGUGAAAAAUUUUAAGUUGAGAAAAUGUGUUACGAAAAUUGACAGACUUACUUCUGUUAACCCC